AUGAGUUCCGAACCCCCACGAGUCGCGCUGAGCGUCAUCCUCCCGGUGUACAAUGCGAUGCCGUGGCUGACGGUCGCGCUCCGGGACAUGCUCAAGCAGCAGCUUCCUGGCGGUGCGAGCCUCGAGGUCCUCGCAGCCUUUGACGGCGGUGACGACGGCUCGCUCGGCUUCCUCCUCGCCCUCGCCAACGAGCUCGGCGCGCGCGCGACCGACGAGCUCUCCACCGCUGGCGGCGCCGCGCCCGCCUCGAACCCCGCGCUGCUGCAGCCGCUGCGAGCGCCCGAGACGGAGGACCACCCGUCGUUCGACGCGGCGCAGCCGGGAGUGGACCAGCGGCCGCUGAGCGCGGCUGAGGUCGCCGCCGCGAGCCGCCCCGAGCACCGGCUGCGCGUGCUGCGCUACCGCGACGGUGCCAACCGCGGGCAAGGCGCCGCCAUGUCGCUCGCGCUGGCGCAUGCCCGCGCGCCUCUCCUCGCGCAGAUGGAGUCGGACGACGAGCGGCGGCCGGCGGACGCGUUCGCGCGGAUGCUGGCCGCGCUGCAGGCCCAGCCUACGUGGGAUGCCGUCAGCUGCCAGGCAGAGCUGGUUGGGUGGCCGAGGCCGGGCAUGGAGCAGUACGCGCUCCACCAGACGGCAAUCUUCCGGCGCGAGGCCGUCGAGGAGGUGCUCGCCACGUCGGGCGGCCGAUACCGCGACGGCCCACGCCGGCAUUGGGAGGCGCCCGCCGCCGCCGCCGCCGCCGCCGGCAGCGGCGGCAGCGGCGGCGGAGGCGGAGGCGGAGGCGGCGGCGGAGGCGGCGGCGGCGGCGGCGGAGGCGGAGUGCGAGGAGCUGAGGUGGUGGGCAGCGCAGCUUCGCCGCCGCCGGCGGCAGUGUUGGCAGCGGCAGCGGUGGCGGUGGCGGCGCCGUCGGCGGCGGCGGCGGGCGAGGCGGCGGGCGAGGCGGCGGGCGAGGCGGCGGGCGAGGCGGCGGGCGAGGCGGCGGGCGACGAGCUCGACACGCCGGUGGACUUGUGGUGGUGGCUGGCUUUCUUCCACUGCGGCAAGCGCUGCAAGCUCGGCGGCGACCCGCUCUUCGGCUGGCGGCAGCACCCGCGGCAGCACACGCGCACGCACGGCCGCCUCUCGCUCGACAGUUUGCGGCGCGUCAAGGCGCACUUUGUGAUGCGCGGCCCGGGGGCGGGCGCGACGCAGCUGCAGGUGUGGUCCACCGGACACACCCUCGGCGCUUGGGAGAAGGAGCUUCGCGCCGCCGGCGCGUCGGACGUGCUGGCGGUGUCCUGGAAGCCAGGCGCACCGCCGCCCGAGGGGUGGCGCCGGCUCACCAAGCGCAAGGCGGCCGCCGAGGAGCCCGGUGGACGGCACGGCGUCGUGCGCCUCUUUGCCUUUGGCAAGGAGAAGGCGCGGGAGAAGGUGCGGACGUCGGUGCGCGACUGGGACGCGCAGCUAGACUGGUUCGUGGCGUGA